GAUCAGGUCAACAAAGGCAAAGUAUAAAUGGACAAAGGUCCCCCUUGGGAGCCCGCGGCAGCUUCUCUCUUCCCUUCCUGGCCUUUUGCUUGGGGAUCCGAAGGCUGCGCUUCCCCACGCAGAGCCUGGGAAAGCUCCGAAUGGGUAUCUCGAGCUCCCAACCCUCCAGGCUCAAGCCUGCCCGAGUCCUGCUCUUGGGCCUGGAUUCUUCAGGGAAAUCCACGAUCCUUUACAAGCUAAAACGCAUCAAGGACUUCACCACCUUCCCCACUGUCGGCUUCAACGUGGAGAUGAUAGAGACGGAGAAAAACCUCAGCCUCACCGUCUGGGAUGUCGGGGGGCAGGAACGGAUGAGGAGGCUCUGGGGCCACUACUGUGAGAACACGGACGUCCUGGUGUACGUGGUGGACUGUGUGGAUCAUCGGCACCUGGAGGACUCCCGCAGAGAAUUCGAGCUGAUCUUAACAAAUGAGCACAUCCGGCACAUCCCGGUGGUGCUGCUGGCCAACAAACAAGACCUGCCUGGAGCCCUCACGGCCGAGGAUGUCACCAGGAAAUUCCGCAUGAAGAAACACUGUGGUGACCGGAACUGGUACGUCCAGCCCUGCUCGGCCACCUCGGGGGAAGGCUUGGCUCAAGGCUUCAGGAAAGUGACCGAGUUCGUCAAAAGCGGCAGGAAGGCCAGAGAAGCAAUAACUUGGGACUUUUUCAAGCAGAAUUAAGGCUGCAAAGGGGUGAACAGUUCCCUCUAGGGACGAGCUUUAAGGAGGUUCCGGUUCAACUUAUUGUACUUCUUUUGAAAAGAAGAUUCCAGGGGGCAUCUGGGUGGUUCGGUGGAUUGAGAGGCAAGCCUAGAGACUGGAGGUCCUGGGUUCAAAUUUGACCUCGGACACUUCCUAGCUGUGUGACCCUGGGCAAGUCACUUGACCCCCAUUGCCUAGCCCUUACCACUCUUCUGUGAAGAAAGAGAGAGGGAGGGAGGGAAGGAGAGAGAGAGAAGAUUCCUUGUUUCAAUGGAUGACUUGCUGGGGAGAAAGGGAGAAAGUAUAUAUUUAUAAAUAAGCUAUUUAAAAACCCGAACCCAAACCAUUUUAGAGCUUUGUGGAAGGAUGAGAUCAUGUCGAAGCUGGUUGAAGAACUGUGCGUGGUGAUCCAGGAAUUUAAACUGGAAAACACUAAAGCUACUUUCAAAAGCUAUUCAUUCAAUAGCAUUUAUUAAUCGCCGGCUGAGGUUCUGGGCAUUAGGGACACAAAAGAAGAGUCUCUGCCUUCAAGAAGCUCAUUUCUCUAUCUGCAUAGACGAAGAAGUGGCACGGGUGCAGAGCAAGCACUCGGGGAGUUACUCUGUUCCCCCUCUUCUCAGCACCCGAGGACGUUUUCUGCAUGCCCCAUCCCCCCUGUCCAACCAGGGAAAGCAAACACUUUCUCUCUCAACUCUCUUCGGGAAUCUCGGGGCUCACAGACAGCUUGAAUUUGCCCUCUGGGCAUUCACUCAAAAAAGGCUCGCUAAUCCGGAGUGUCCUGCUUAGAUAAAUCAUUGCAAAGAUAUAUAUACAAACCGAUUGGGGUGGGGGUGGGGGUGGGCCAGCAGUUGUUGACUGGGAAUAGGGUCCGGAAGCCUUUUGUAGGAAAUGGAAGCUUUGACUGAAUCCUGAAGAAAGGGAGGGAUUCUAAGAGAUUAGGACAAGAGGGAGAGCACUCUGGGCAUCUCGGGUGGGAUUUGGGUGAGGGGAAGGAGGGGAGGGGACCUGUCCAGAGAAGAGGGAACAGAGCAAAUUAGCUGUUUAGUUUUUCCCAGUCAGAGCAGAGGAAUGUCAGUGAAACCAGCAAGUUGUCUGUCUGGCGAGCGUUGGCGGUUUUCUAUUGUUACUAUCAUUUGCAAACUUUUCCGUGGCUUUUAUUUUUUGACGUAAGGACUCGGCACACUCUGGUUAGAGGGUUUCUAUUUUUAACCCCGUUGUUUAGUGCCGUUGGAUGGUUUGAAAGGAGAAAUGAAAAGGAGGAUUUGGUACAGCCCAUAAGCCUCUUAGAAUGGGUCCAACGUUCCCUCGCCGGACGGAGUAAUUUAUGGCUUUCUCACUUGUCUGUGGCCACUGCUGCAUUGUUUCAGAACCCUCUCCGGGAUCCUCUUUCAGAAUAAGGGCAGCCCUGAGAUUCGGGGCUCAUUUUCCCAUCCACAUCCAUGAAAUGUAUGGGGGAUGGGAACCAGGGGUGAAGGGGAAAUGUGCUGGCAAUUUUGAAUCGGCAUCCCCACCAAAGCCCCCGGCUCGGGUACCUUUCACCUGGAUCCCAGCCAAGCUCGCUGGAAGGGCGGCUGCCCAGAAUUUCCUACCUUAGUUUCAAGCCAAUUAAACCCAGGUUAUUUAUUGCCCAGGGGCUACUCUGGGGCGGUUGGGUUUGCUGACUCAUACCCUAGCGCUUAGGGGGUUGUUUCACAGGCUUCUGGCACCAGCCUCGGCUUGGAGACUGGACCGGAGCCAGGCAGGCUGUUUGAGAAUACAGCCACCCAUGGGAUCUGCUACCGCCUCAGAGUUCUCUCUCAAAUCCGGAAAAUCUUGGGAGGAUUAGGUCAGUUCCAGGAUAAUCUAGGACUUCUAAAUCAAUUCACUGGAGAAGAGGGAGAGGAAUAAGAGCAGGUAAGAGAAGGAAAUUUAGCUUGAACUGGAAUUCACCCAAGCGUGACUCACAACCAUCCCAGAGGCCCUGGAACUAACUUCUUCCCCCAGGGCUUCUUCCUACUAGAUCCCAGAUCAGAGGACUAGAGUCCUGCCUCUUAGGUAAGUAAUGAAAAUAUUAUUAUGUCCAUUUCACAGAUGAGGAAAAUGAGGCUCAGAGAGAUUAAGAAUCUCCCCACAGACAGAGCCAGUACCUAAACCCAGGUUGCCCUUUGCUGCCUGAAUUGCACUCUAUCUUUGGGCAACUAUGACCCCUCCAGGUCUUGGGUUCAAAUUACUAUUUCCUCCACCUGUGUUUUUAAUUAUGUUGUCCCCAAGUGUACUAUCUUAGCCUUCUUAUAGAAUCACUGAGCAUUAGAGCUGGAAGAAUCCGGAGAAAUCAUGUAGUCCAAAUUCCUCUUUGUACAGGUAAGGAAACUGAGUCAGAGAGGGAUUAAAAGAUCACUCAAACUCUGGGAUUUGGACCAGGGCUUCUGGUUCUAAAUGCCUAUUAUGCUGGGAUAAAGUCUAAGCUUAAGCUUCCAGAAAUUCAGAAAGAUUUCACUGAAUCUUAGCAUUGGAGGUAGCAUGCUGGACCUGGAGUUGGGGACGGUGGAUUUGAAUCUCACCCUUCCUUAAUGGUGGCCACCAGCAAAUUACUUAUCUUGUGUGAGCCCCAGCUCCCUCCUCAGUGAGAAAAGCACCUAUCUCCCCAAGCUUCUUGUAAGAAUAGGUGUCGGACUGUAGGUAAAGCACUUUGCAAACUUCCCCCUUUCUUUUCCUUCUGCUGCUGCCACGAUGCUGCUAUCAGAGCUUCCCAGCCAAACACCCCAUGAUGCCCAAGGCUCCCAGUUUUGCCCCCGUGAUGGAGGGGAGGAGGAUGGGCAAGGUGACGGUACACCUGACCACAGGUGUCUUACCAUCUGUUGGCAUUUCACAGUUCUCUUACCUCACUUAGCUAGGUAAGUCCACAGCUGAAGUGAGAUGUUUCUUAAGAGUUUUCAUAUGAUUAGCGCUUCUGGAUUUUCUAAUAAAUAUUGACAAUCUCAGAAAA